CUUAUCGUGUAUCAGUAUCAAUAUGUCAAAAUAUACGAAAUGGACGAGUGGUACCGGAACGACUUUGUGCUGAUCAAACACGACCACGUCCAGUUGUUGAAAAAUGUCCACAUAUCAUUUGUCCAUCACAGUAUGUUUUUAGAUUGGAUUAG